AUGAGUUCUGAUGAGUCUGUAAUGUUUCAUGACGGGGAGUUUUCAAAAUUGGACUAUGAACUUCCAGAACCCGUAAGCAAAGAUGAAGUUGAAAAUAUGGCUACUCUUGAUUUUCUAAACAAAUCACAACAAACAGACCAAGACAAAGCUUUUACAAAUAUGGCAGAAGCAGAGUCAUCUGACGCAUUGACUGACACACAUAGUAUCAAUUCGCAAACAAAUAUGACUGAGGUUCGUCCGUGCAAGCCUAAUUUAAUGUCACUUCUUUCUGGUAAACAAGCAUCAAAAAGGUCUAAGUCGAAGAUACGAACAUCCGAAGAUAAACGACCAAAUCAAAAUGAAAUUCAGGAACCUGUUACAAAAGAAGAUAAUGAAACGAAACAUGAUGACGACUUGAGUUUAAAUGAAUGCAUAAAUGACUCUUUCACAGAGUCAAAGAGCAAUGACCUACGAAAAGAGCACGAGUUGAUAGAACUAGAAAAGAAGUUUUAUAAUGAUAAUGUAAAAUCUGUCACAGCUAAAGAUUUUUUAGCAAAGUUGAAUCAAGAGAAUUUAAAAGACAAAAAUAAGGGUGCUGAUAAUGUUGAAGAAGCGCCAAUUUUCAUUAACGAAGAUGGCAGUGAUUCCGUUCUCAUAGAAAUAGAUAGUGACGAAAAUAAAGAUGAAAUUGAAUUAUUAGAAUCUAAAGUCUUUAACGGUAAUAUGAAAAGAACAUCUGCAAAGGAUAUAUUUCAGUCUUUCAAGCCAUUACUGAAUAAAUCACUUAAAAAAUCAACCUGUCGCUCUCGCGUGGUUUCAUUCAAGAUGAAUCCAGAAACCCUCAAAGAAAUUCAAAUGAAUAGUAACCCAUUUUUCACUAAGGGAAAUAAGCAUGCAGCUUCGUUACCAGGCGCUAAAUCCCUUCUUGAAACUUUAAUGCAAAACCCAAAUUCUAAAAAGAAGAAACUAGUAACCCUCCGAGUUGACCUGAAUAGAUUAAGGGAAAUAACGAAACCUUUAAACAACCCUUUAUUUUCGAGAGGCACUAUUGGUACGAAAGGCAAGAGUGCUAACAGUUUCUUUAAAUCAAUGAUGGAAAAUGCGUCAGGAAGUACGCCAAAAUUGACUUCCUUGCAAAAGUUAAAGGAAUUAUAUCCACCCCCAAUAUCAAGAGAGCAAUUCCAUGUUUACGAUCAUGAAGAUGUCCAGAAAAACGAUAAUCAAACACUUCAGGGACUUAUAUUGAAGCCUGAGCAAAAAUCACAUCCAAUUCUAAAUCAAGAUAUUAAGGAAGGUGAUAUAUCACUGAUACUAAAUCCAGCGUAUAUCAAUACUACACUGCAUGAAUAUAAAGUAGAUGUUGAAACGUACACAAGCAAAGAAAUGCUAUUAGAAUCAAUAUGCAAUGAUAUGCCUCAAAUGCAGUUGCAUCCUCCACUAAUUAACAUAUAUAAUAGAUUUUUGAAAUCACCAACUAAUUGCAAAAAUGAAGAGUCUUUAUUAUGGACGAAUUUAUUUCAACCUGGAUGUAUGGCUGAUGUUUUAAUCUCGUCUACGAAACAAAAUGAGAUUAAAACCUGGGUCCUGAAUUCAUUUGCAAGAUUAAAAUCGCAAACACUAAAGACGCCUAGAAAUGUUUUGAUUAAGCAACAAAAAAAGCAGAAACAGAAUAGUUAUAAUGGGUUAGAUGGAUUCAUUGUUGAUGAUUAUGGCGAUUACUUUCAAGAUGGGUCCGAAACCGAAGAAGACAUAUUUGUUCCACUUUUAAUAAUUCAAGGUUCUACCGGUUCGUGUAAGUCAAGUUCUAUUUAUGCUGCUGUCAACGAAAUUAAUGGUUAUGUGUAUGAAAUUAAUUCAGGGCAAUCAAGAGGUAAGAAGGAUAUUUUAGGGACUCUAAAGGAAAUGUGUACGACUCAUCUAGUCCAUAGACAAAAUGAAGAAAAACAAUUCCAAAAGGGUAUUAUUUUACUCGAAGAUUGUGACAUUCUUUUUGAACAUGAUAAGAAUUUUUGGCUUGCAGUUCAUGAAGUGCUCAACAUUUCUCGAAGACCGCUAGUUAUUACAUGUAACGAUCUAACUGCUAUUCCGAAGAGUAUUAUAGAGUUAGCUAAUGAUGAAGAUGCUAUAAUAAGUCUUGAUGAAACCGAUAGUGACGCUUUAGCAAAUUUUAAAUGUUAUUUACUGUUAUGUUGUCUUAGUCAGGGUUUUCGAAUAGAUGAUCCUAUUCUUGAGGAUAUUUUGAAAGAUUGUCACUCCAGGACCUACGACUUGCGGAAGGCUUUGAUGUCCUGUCAAAUGUUAUGUCAAAAUUAUUCCAUUCAAAUUGCUGACGAAAAUACAAGCAAAAUAAAUAUCAGAAAAAUUAAAUACAAUUCCUUGGAAGUACCUAAAAGAGAAUACUCCCUUGAUGAACUUUCGGCGAAUAUUGAUCUUCUAUCAGUAUCUGAUGUAAUUUCUUCGAACUCAUAUUCAUUAAUUGAACACCAACCAAUCGCUAAUGAGCUUCUUGAUAUUUAUUUCAUAGAUGAAUCGACCAAAUUAAAACAACGCACUAUGCCACAUGAAUUAAAUAUUGGCGAUUUCAUUCUGGAAGCAAACUUUGUUGAGGAACGGCCCAUGGUGAAUGUUUUAUCCUUCAAUAAGAUAAGAGAAGCAACUACAACUUUCAUAUCCUCACGUUCGAAAGAGUUGCCCAAAUUCGUUCAAGAUUUAUAUUCAGCUAGGAGCGUCAGAGCAUCUACUAGAUCAAUGACUGAUUCAACUGAAAGUCUAACUGAAUGGCAGCGCGAUGUUACAGGAAUUUCUGAUUCGUCAAUCUGUAAUCAUUUGUCUCCUUUGCCAUAUACUUUAGACCUUGCACCAUUUGUUAGGCAAUGGUGUCGCUAUCAAGAUUCUCUAGAUAUUGUGGAAGAAGAUACUUUAAAAAAGCUGGGAGUAAGUGUUAAGAAAUUCAUUGGUUGGAGACAAUUUCAAGAUAAGUCCAAACAAGUAUUGAAUACUUUUAUUUAG